AUGCCGGACCCGACGGACUAUAUAAUCCUGCAGCAGAUACAGCAAGAAAAUGAGUUGCUCGAGAGCCAGACACAAGUUUCCAAUGUGCUAGCGAAUCUGGACAGCAUGUCUGAAAAAGUUGAUUUUGAGAUACCGGAUACACUACGCGAUUCAGUGCAUCAAGUAGAAACCUUUUACGAUGAUUUCAAUCCAAGAAUCAAAUAUCAGGAACUGAUCCAGAAAUUACUGCAGACAGCACUGCUACCAAUCUUUUUCGCAGAUUCAACUCGUAUGUUGCUCCGGACACGUAUUCUGUUCAAAUUUCGAGAUCGAGCGUUGAAAUAUCUAGCAGUAAUUUACAAACAUCAGGCGAAACUGCUGUGGUCAAGUAUCGGUGCGGUUUUACCGGAUGCAAUCGCUCAAUAA